AAACAUGUGUUUGACAAAAAGAGAAGGCUGUGGUGACAGAAUGGUCGGAAAGGAUUUAAAAAAUGCAAAAUUUUGAAAACUUGGAAGAACCAGUUUUAAUCAAUCCCUAUGGCGAUGCUAACAUGCGCAUCAGUGUACCAUUAUUUACUCUGACACGCGCAUUUAAGCAGCUGCAUCCAUGACGGGUCCUGCCAUGCCAAGAACUGUACACUGUUGAAAGCUUUUUAAUGGUGGAAUGGCAGAGCAUGGGUCGAUGAGGCUGAUGAUGAUGAUGAUCAUCUGAACCCUCUUGCUUACUGCUAUAUAAAAUUCGGUUUUCGCUAACAUGCGCUUCCUCUUUUGCUUUGGAUGCUUCAUGUAUCCUUGGGUCUCGAGCUCAUCCCUUCCCCCCUCUCACUCUCUCUGUGGCCGAUGUCCCCCUCCGUAGAGCAUGGGCAGAGAACACACUCGAGUGUGCUUUUUCUCUUGGAACUUCUGUGAAGGGUCUCUCUCUCUCUCUCUGCAUUGUUUGUCUUGACGUUUUCAAAUGUCUCUUGUCGUUGUAGGGGAACAAUAUGGCGUUUGCAGCUUAUCCAGUGAUCUCUGUACUCCACAGUUUCCAUGUCAGAACCAUUGUUUUUCUGUCUUUCUUCUGUUUUUGAAGAACUAAAAAUUUCAACAAAUAACUGAAACUGCUCUCCUCCUAGACCCAUUUGGUGUUUUCUUUUUGGGCUAAAUUGUAACUGUUUUGUUCAGAGGAAGUGGCAGCGCACUUCCUCUGAAAAGGUAGAUUUAGGGUUUGGGGAUUUGGGGUUUUGUUCUUUGGUCAUGAUGGUCAUUGUAGCUUAAUAAAUUCAGGACAAUCGUGGACAGGAGACUCAUUUUGUAAAAGCUUUUUUGGGCUGUGCUGAUACCUUGAAUCACAAGAAAUGGUGAUGCAUGUGGUUUGAGAGAAAUGGAUUUAGGGUUUGGAGAGCUUGAUCCUUUGGUUAUCACUGCCAUUUUAGAUGUCAAUCAGUGAAACAGCAAACCCCAAUUGAAACUUUAGUUACUUUGUAGGUUUGGGAGCUUUGAGAUUUGAAACUCAGUUUGGUCUAGGUCUGUGAAAGAGUAGGAACAGUAGAUUUUUUUAGUGGGUAUGACGAUUAUUUGAGCGGAACACAUGCAGGAAUGUUCAUUUGUGUUUGAGAUUGUGCGAAUUAAAUUUUGCUUUUGGUUACUACCAAUCUUUAAUAAUAUAAUUCGACCUGCAUUUGGAUUGUUCUCUGCUUUCUGUGCGCAAUAUAAAGUAGAUAGUCUUAUUUUUCAUUUGGUGCCACCCUAUUGAAGAAAUGGGUUGUGUUAUGUCACGGAUUGAUAAGGAAGAGAGGGUGCAGAUUUGCAGAGAGAGAAAGAGGCUAAUGAAACAACUGGUAAGGUUUAGAGGAGAAUUUGCGGAUGCUCAGUUGGCAUAUUUGAGAGCGCUGAAGAAUACUGGAGUAACCCUACGACAAUUCACUGAAUCAGAGUUCCUGGAGCUCGAAAAUUCCCCCGUCAACCUCGCAUUGCCUCCCUCGCCUCCACCUUCCUUACCUCCUUCCCCCCCUCCUCCACCCCCUUUUAGUCCUGAUUUAAGAAAUUUCGAGCAUAAUAAAAAGGCAGAAGCUGCCCAAGAAGAGAUCAUCGAGAUUGAUGACGACAAGAGUUGCACUCCACCACCACCACCAGCUCCAAACACAUCUUGGGAUUUCUGGGAUCCAUUUGGUUCACCACCUCAGCAAAAGAAGAGUGAAGUUGUGCAGGUUGAGGAGGAGAAUUGGGCAGAAACUAAAACAGAAUUUGAGGAAGAAGAUCAAGAAGAGGAAGUUUGUGCUGAUUAUGUUGUAAAUUCGCAUCCUGAGAAGGCAUCGGCUGUAGAAUUGGUUGAUGAUAAUUCAUCCAUGGUUAGUUGGCAUACUAAAGACACUGCUGAUAUGACUAUGGUAGUUUGGGGGACCAGGAAAACACUGGCAGGUAUUAUUAAGGAGUUAGAUGAUUAUUUCCUGAAAGCUUCAGAUGGGGGAAAGGAAAUUGCGGUUCUUAUGGACAUCACCGGAGGUGAUGCAUUUCUUCAUCGAAGUCUCAAAGAAAACAAGAGGAAGAGGUGCAAUUCGGCAAAAGUCUUCAGUGCAUUGUCAUGGACUUGGUCUUCCAAGUCACUUCAAUUCACUAGAGACGCCAUAGACCAUGGUGACCCUAGUGAACCAUGCAGGCCUGGAGCUCAUUGUGUCACGCUUGAAAAACUCUACGCUGAGGAACAGAAGCUCUACAAAGAAGUGAAGGAGGAAGAGAAUGCCAAGUCAGAGUAUGACAAGAAAUCAUUCUUACUGCAAAAACAAGAAGAUGAAAAUUAUGACUGGACAAAGACUGAGAAAACUCGAUCCAGUGUUGAGAGUUUGCAGUCUGACAUAAUUUCCCUGCAACAAUCAAUCAGUCAGACCUCUUCAUCUAUAUUAAAGCUCAUGGAUGACGAGCUGUAUCCUCAGCUGAUUGCAAUAACAUCUGGGAUGAUGCACAUGUGGAGAAGAAUGUAUGAGUGUCAUCACGUUCAAAAUCAUAUUUCCCUGCAAUUGAAUAAUCUCAGCAAUCAUCAGAAUAUGGACCCAACUACUGAAUACCAUCGGCAGGCUACUGCUCAGCUUGAAACUGAGGUCUCCUUCUGGCACAACAGCUUUUGCAAGCUCAUAAAAUCUCAGCAACAGUAUAUCAAUGCCCUCUGCAGGUGGGCGCAACUAACUAAAUGCCUUGCGGAUGAUCAUCAACGGAAUUGUUGUUCAUCUGCAGUUUGUACCCUCUGUGAGGAGUGGCAGGUUGCCCUUGACAGAUUACCUCAUAAGGUCACCUCAGAAGCCAUUAAGAGCCUUUUAUCUGCUGUCCAGUCCAUAGUGUUGCAGCAGUUGGAUGAAUAUAACCUGGAGAAGAAAUGUGAUAAGCUUGAGAAGAAAUUACAGAAGGAGUUGGACUCACUAGCUGAGAUGGAGAUAAAGCUAGAAGGGAACUCUACUGCUGGCGAUACAGGACCAAGCUUAAGCCCCAGGCAUCCAUUGUCAGUUAAACGGACCAAAACCGAGGCCUUGAAGAAGCUGUUGAAUGGUGAGAAAUCAAAGUAUCUGAACUCAAUCCAGCUUAGCCGCACCAUGACACUGAAUAACCUUCAAACGAGCCUCCCUAAUGUAUUCCAGGCAUUGAAGGGAUUCUCUAGUGCUUGUACGCAGGCCCUUGAGGCUGUGCACUGGCAGACCAAUCCAGAAGCUUGCCACGAUGAUGAUGGAUUGCAUAUACCAGUGGCAUAAAUUUGUUCAGAUCAUACGAGGAGAGGUGAGGUUGGAAAAUUUGUGAGAUCAUACAUUUUGUUAUGUAGCUAUUAUAGGAAAUCGCGGGGUCCUGGUACUUUCAGUGAGUAUUUUAACAGGUUAAAAAAUCAAGUGAAAUUUUAUCUAAAUCAUCAGAAAGUUAUGUAAUGCUUUCUGGCUUGUAAUUGAGGCAUUUGAUGGUAUGUAUAUGUCAUUGAAUUGUUUUGCAUAUAAAUGCUUUGUAGCAUUUAGAAAUUGAAUGUAUCAUUUUGCAGCACUUUUCAAUGGUGAGGUUGGAAAAUUUGUGAGAUCA